AUGAACGGCAAGCAGCAGCAGCAUCACUUCCUCGUGCACGAGCCCAAGUGUCCCAGCGCGGACGUGAGCUCGGAGGCCAUGCGGCGGACGUGCCCACAUAUUCAGGGCCACAUAUUCGGUGGAUUUGACGGAAACCUGUUGGCGCGUGCAGAAGCCCUGGCCAAGCCUCACGCAACACCGCACCACGCCAUGAGCGCCACGUCCAGUGCUUCAUCCGUCUCCUCCAGUUCCACCCAUCAUCAUCAUCAUCAUCAUCAUCAUCACCCAGGCCUGAGCCAGACUCUGGAGGGCGAGCUGCUGGAGCACCUGACCCUGGUGGCUUUGGGCGGUUUGGCCCCGGACCCUCUGUCCGCUCUGGGCGCGCACCAGCAUCAGCUUCCGGCGGUCCCGUGCCACCUGCACCAGGCCGCGUGUCUCCCGCACACCCACCCGCACACCCACCCGCCCCUCCCUCUGCUGCCCGGCGGAGACUCGGACCCGCGUGAGCUCGAGGCGUUCGCAGAGCGUUUUAAACAGCGGCGCGUUAAACUCGGGGUGACGCAGGCGGACGUGGGCUCUGCAUUGGGGGACCUGCGGCUCCCGGGGGUGGGCUCUCUCAGCCAGAGCACAAUCUGCAGGUUCGAGUCCCUCACGCUCUCCCACAACAACAUGCUGGCGCUGCGGCCGGUGUUACAGGCCUGGCUGGACGGAGCCGAGGCCGCGCACCGGGACACGGGAGCGCGCACCGACCUGCUGCAGAGCGCGAGCGGGGAGCGCCGGAGAAAGCGCACGUCCAUCACCGCGCCAGAGAAGCGCUCACUCGAGGCGUUCUUCUCCCUCCAGCCCAGACCUUCUGCAGAGAAGAUCAGCGCCAUCGCUCAGAAACUGGACCUGAAGAAGAACGUGGUUCGGGUCUGGUUCUGUAACCAGAGACAGAAACAGAAAAGGAUGAAAUACUCCGCGGCACACUGA